AUGGACUUUGGAAAAGAAUUUGGAACAAAUCCAAAAUUAAUUUUCCAACCUUCUUCAACCUUUAUCAACAAUAUAGAAAAACAAAAAGUAUGGGAGGAACAAAUUAAUGAAAAUUUAUUGCCUAUAGAAAUAAGAAGGCAAAGUGAAGGAAUACCCAAAAAUUGUUUUUGCGGCUUUGAUAUAAUCAAAUUUUAUAAGAAAAUUGAAACUAAAGUUUUUGGACAAUUUAUUGUUUUUGUGCCUGUUUGUACAUCGACUAUGAAUAUUGCUGAUAGGUAAAAACACAGAAAAAAUACAGAAAAAAUACAAAAACUUUCUGAAUGGUCGGUGAAUUGUCUGGAUGAAUUCCGUAUUGUCAGUGAAUUGUCUGGACGGUGAAUUGUCUGGAUGAAACCCGUAUUGUCAGUGAAUUGUCUGGACGGUGAAUUGUCUGGAUGAAUUCCGUAUUGUCGUUGAAUUGUCUGGACGGUGAAUUGUCUGGAUGAAUUCCGUAUUGUCGGUGAAUUGUCUGGUCGGUGAAUUGUCUGGAUGAAUUCCGUAUUGUCGGUGAAAAAAACACGAAAAACACAGAAAAACACAAAAAACACAAAAAUACAAAAACACAAAAACACGA